AUGAAGAAGUUCCUACGAUAUGAUCGGCGUCCUUCUGUAACGGCCGAGGCAUGGAUUCUCGGAAGCGGAACUGCGUCCCUAGCAGCGGCGGUGUAUUUGAUCAGGCAUGCUAUGUUACCCCCGUCAAGCGUACACAUUCUUGACGAGCACAUAUCCUUGGAGCAUCUUUUACAUCGCGAAGGAAGCUCCUCGACUGGAUACGAUCAAUUCGCAGGAUGCCUCCCUAUCCCUGUCGGUCGGAGCUUACAGGAGCUUCUUGACAUGAUUCCAUCGGCAGGGUUAGAAGAGCGAUCUUUUCUGGAUGAUAUCCAUGAAGAGACUGAAAAACGACUCGCUCUGAACAGCCAACACGGCACCUGCUUCGUCAGUGGCCGAGACGGGUCUUUCAAGCAUUUGCCUACCAAAAGGCUAAACUUGGGCAUCAAAGACCGAUUUAGCUUGAUCCGGCUUUUGCUCAAGCAUGAAAGUCACCUACACAAACGACAAAUUCAGGAAUUCUUCAGAGCCAAGUUCUUCGAGAGUACCUUCUGGGAGAUAUGGUCCAUACAGUUUGGCUUUCAGCCCUGGCACAGUGCCACUGAGUUCAGACGAUCUGUCAGGCAAUAUCUUUCAAAGUUCAGCAAUUUCAGUAUACUGACCUGCCUGGAUAUCACCGGAUACUACCAAUACGACUCGAUCCUCCUUCCAAUCUACUUUUAUCUCCAGGGCCUGGGCGUCGACUUCCAGUUUAACACCAAAGUGGCAAACGUAGAGACGAGUGCGAGCAAAGACCGCAUCCAAACCAUCGUUGGCCUGUCCGUCAGGCAGGAUGAGUUGGACUUGAAAAUCAACUUGGGCCCCGAUGACAUUGUCAUUGCGACUCUAGGGUCGACCGUUUCGGGGUCAGCAAUAGGAACGAACAAUCUACCACCAGCGUGGCGCUCUGUACAGCCAAGCGACCAUCUUGAUGAGAAUUGGUCAUUAUGGUUGGAGGCUGGAAACAAGUAUCCAGAUAUGGGUGAUCCGUAUACAUUCUGCACGCGGAAGUCGGAGUCCAUGAUGGAGUCAUUUACGAUCACAACAGAGCAUAUGGAAUUCUUCGACUAUCUCAACUCUCUUUCAAGAUGCAAAUCAGAGGCGGGGGCAAUCUUUCUAAUCAAAGACAGUAGCUGGGGACUGUGUCUCUGCACCCCUGCUCAGCCGGUAUUCACUCACCAGCCGCCUAAUGUCCGCGUUCUUUGGGGCUUUGGACGAUUUCCCGAAGAGAAAGGGGACUGUGUCAAUAACUCGAUGGUGUAUUGCUGUGGGGCACAAAUUAUGGCCGAGAUUGUUCAUCAUUUGGAGCUUCCUAGCGAGAUGGCCGCAGAAGUUCUACUGCAGUCUAUCACCAUUCCACGAGCGAUGCCGCGAAUGAGCUCAACCUUGCUAACCAGAUCCUCUGAUGAUCGCCCACGUAUCAUUCCGAAGUCCGUUUCUAAUCUUGGUCUUGUUGGAUCCUUUGUGGAAAUCCCGGGGCGAACUUGUGUCGACACAGGUUACGGCGUUGAUGCCGCGCGAAUAGCAGUAUCGCAUCUUAUGGGCCUUGAACCGUGGACCCUUGAAUAUUCUGAAUAUUCUCAUCCGUCGUUCUCCAGGCUUUUGGGAACUUUAAUUUUGAGGUGA